CGGAUUCGAUUCCCGACAUGGGUACAAUGUGUGAAGCCCAUUUCUGGUGUCCCCCGCCGUGAUAUUGCUGGAAUAUUGCUAAAAGCGGCGUAAAACCAAACUCACUCACUCACUCUCAUCCUUCACCCACAAAACAUGUUUCCCCAUUAUUUGUAUCGAUUGUUGUUUGUAAACGGCAACUGGCCUGGAUGAUGAAGGUAGUAUCUUACCCGCUGAAUUAAAUCCCCACACCAUCGACUGCGCCAGUUCGGAUGUGCAUAUACGUAUGGUAAGAAAAUAGGCAACGUAACUGUUCUACUUUUCAAUUCAUGAUAUUUUCUGGACAGGAAACAUUUCACGAAAAGGAGUGAAAAUGGAAAGUUAUGAAUGAAUAGUAAUGUCAUUGCGAUUGAAAUGUGAAAAUGUAUAAGUACAUUUGUUGACAUUUCCACUGGACAAACUGAACAAUAUAUGGAAAUUCACAUCAUAAAUAUACAAAUCUUAACGCCAUAACAGAUUACAUUUACCAAAGUGGCAGUAAAUCAACAUAUUUAAAUUAUAACCAACAGCUUUUUGUUUUCCUUAAAUAUUUAAAAAUUAUUAAGAAAGCUGUGAAAUUGAUGUUUAAUUUCAUGCAUGUUGUGCUGAACGUUUGACCAUAAGUAUAUAUUUCAUGUAGCCAGUACUGAUACUACGUGUAGCAGUGAUAACACAGCGUCGAUACUUAGUUCAAUCACUGUUUAAUACAAUGAAUACAACUUAAGGUUUUCCACUGUACGAGAAGGGGUUGACUAUGAGGUUCGACGCAUGCGCCGUGAGGACAUUCAAAGCCUGUACGAGUUGACGUCGGCCAACCAGUGGAACAUGGAGAAAGACUACUUGGAGUGUAUUUUCGACACGGACCCCUCUGGACUUGUGGUAGUGGUCACGCCCACUGGGGAAGUUAUAGGGCACAAUGGCAUUCUGUCACACAGUGACACGUUUGCUUCGUCGGGAAUGAACGUUGUCAAAGAAGAAUACCGUGGAAAGGGCAUAGGAAAGAUACUGUUUCGGUCCGUCAUGGAUGUCAUGAAACAUCGCAACGUUGGAGGAACAGCCCUUUCCAACAGAAUCACGUUCUAUGAACAAUUUGGAUGGACCAUCCCAUCGUUUACAUUCCACUAUAACAUGGGACCAGUAAAUCCGGAUUUCGUGAAGGAAGCGAGUAAAGGAGAUUUUGAUAUCAUCCCAGUAGAAGACGUCAAUUUUGAUGACGUUGUUACAUACGACGCAGACAUUCAUACAUUGCCGAGACCCUCCUAUAUGAGAAACUGGGCUUUAUUUAAAAAGGCAAAGACGUUUGUUGCCGUUCAGAAUGGAAAGAUAUGUGGAUAUGGGGUACUGAGAGCAGCGGAUAUUGGCUUUCGUAUGUAUCCACUUUUUGCCGACAGUGACAAAAUUGCUCAUGCCUUGUUUUGUAAACUGGCUUCUUUUGUGCCAGAAAACGGAGAGGUCAUUUUCACUCAGCCGGUUGAAAACAAGAUGGCUUGCGAGUUCGUUCAAGCCAACAAGUUUAAGUUUUAUCUUUCCAUGACGAGAUUGUACAAUAAACAUGACAUUAAUGUUGACAUUAAUAGGGUCUAUUCGGUUUCAUCCACGGAAUAUGCAAUUGUGUGACGUGGGGAUGAUCAUCGUGAUGUACAUAUACAUACAAUUACAAUGUUAAGCUCACCUUAACAGAAGGUUAUUGACCGACCUUAUGUCACCAGGAAACAAAUUUCCAUACCCUAAGGCCAUGGUCCUUAAAUUUCAUAUAGUUUAAUAGAAAGCAUAACAUUCAGGUUAAUGACAGAGCAUCGUGUUUUAUACUUCUUGUCAAUUUCUACUCCAUAUGGCUCUGAAAUAAAAGAAAUAUGACAUGUC